CUUAUUUUCUCUUCUUUAUUUUGUGCCCAAGAAAAAUUUAGGGUUUUUGCUGCUGCAUUUGUUUCGUGUUGAAUUGCAUUGAAUUGAAAUCGCGUUUAACAAUGGAGGUGGGUUAUUACGGUAUGCCAUUGGGUUUUCGGUUUCAUCCUACUGAUCAAGAAUUGGUCAGUUCCUAUCUUCGCGAUAGAGCCCUCUCCGGAAAGCCCUUAGGCAACCCGUUUGUUCACGAGUUCAAUCUCUUUGGACAAACACCACCCUGGGUGGUUUGGGAGCAAUUCGGUGGAAAUUCCCUACUCGAUCAGGACUUGUUCUUCUUCUAUGAGCUGCGUUCUAGAAGUGACAGCGACAGCCGCAGCAAACGCCAGAUCGAAGCCGGAGGCACUUGGAGCGAAACAUCCUCCGACAAAGUUUUAGGUUUGGACGGAAUUCCAAUCGCGGAUAAAGGGCAUUUCAGGUAUAACAACAAGGGUUCUAACAACAAUGGCUGCUGGCUGUUAGAAGAGUACAGUCUUCUUCCUAAUGUAGUUGCUGGCCCAAAGGUCGUUCUUUCCCGACUUAAAAGGAAUCCGAGGUCUAGAUGCGGAAACAAGAUGAAUUCCUCAAGUCCAACUCAUGACUUCAAUGAGAAGCCACCGAUUAAGAGGGCAAGAAAAGAAGUAUCGAAUGAGAAGCCGCUGAUUAAGAGAAAGAGAGCAAGAAAAGAACCGGGUUCACAAAAACAUUCUAAUGUGAAUGUAAUCACCAAUACCCCUGCUGUUGUGCCUUUUGUUGGAACUGAAAGCAAUAUGAUUACUGACACUAGGUAUCAGGAUCAGGAGUGCAUAACCAACAUUAACGGCAAUGCGAAGCCGACUGAUUUCUCUGAUCAGGAUAGUGUGAUAUUGAUUAGUGAUGUUCCUUCUUAUCCCAUAUGCUUGGACGGCGACACUAGCAAUCACGACCUGGGGUGCAUAAGCUACAUUAACGGAAAUCUGAUGCCCAUUCCCACUCAUAUUUCAGAUCAUGAAUAUGUGCCACUGAUGAGUGAUGUUCCUUCUUCUCCGGUAUUCUUGGGCGGCGAGGAAUAUCCUUUAGAUGGUGAAGCAGUGCGUGGAGACAUUAAAGAAUGGUUGACAACGCUUGAAGGUAAAUUGCCCCAGGAGUGGCCUCAAAUUGAUGAAUUCAGCCAACCGUUAGACGGGUUUAAUUACUGGACAGACUGUUUGUGGAUGAGCGAUUCUGUGAAUGAUCAAUAGAGGGACGUAGAGGUGACAGCAGCUGUCUAAUUUCCAUGGCGUGCAUAUAGAAGCACAGUUAUGAUCAGGAUAUAUUUUAUUUCCGUUCUUAGUAUAUAUGCUUUGAUUUCUUUUGGUUCAUUAGUUAAUUAAGAAAUUUGGUAUAGGUGUUUACCUGGGCCUUCUUCUCUGCCGUACUGAUCCAUUGCCUGCCUUUCAUUUUGCCGCACCUCAGGUCUCUACUGCGUUUCCCCCAGUCAUGUCUAUGUAUGAGCUUCUAGUCAAGACGUAUAUAUUGCAAGGAGGGCCAAUGCACCUACCUUGUUCUGUUCCGCCCUUCGAUAGUAUAUUAUCUGCAGGCAAGUUUGUUAGGCGUCUGCCCUGCUGCACUGCAGGGUCAGAUAGAGAGGCAGUGAGAGAAACGAUGAUGAUGAUCUUUGAGAUUUGAUUUGGAGGCCUUGAUUGGAGAGUUUGAUCUCCUGCCUGAUCCUGCUGCUGCUGCUGCGGCCUCUGUUGCAGAUGAGAUCGAGACAGUGCUAAGAACAACAGAUGAACAAAAAAAGUCAAUCUAGCACUCCUCCAGGUGUAUUUUUUUAUAUCAGAAAAUUAUUUUAUUGUUUUACCUCAACAUGAACGAAAAAGUCAAUCGAGCACUC